GGCGAGCAGUGGCAGCGGGCGCUUGCGCUGCUGAGCGAGAUGUGGGAGGCGAAGCUGGAUCCCGACGUCAUCAGCUACAGCGCUGGGAUCAGCGCGUGCGAGAAGGGCGAGCAGUGGCAGCCGGCGCUUGCGCUGCUGAGCGAGAUGCGGGAGGC